GCCAAGGAAAGUGUCGCGAGAGCUGGUUGCCUUGGCUCCCUGUAGCUAUAGCAGCCGCGGCGGUUAAGUAUGCGGCGCCAGGAGCUCUCUCUGACACAGCUGGCUAUUCUAGUCCCAGAAGAAAGAGGAGAGACUUGCUGAAGAUCUGGAUGGGACAAUAGAAGUUUGGGGCACAUUAAAAAGAAGCAGCAAGAACAUCAACAAAAACCUCAGAUGAUUCAAACAGGCUUCUUCUUGGCUUUGUGGAACCUUUUGCAGUUGCUCAGAAUUUGAGUUUUUGCUUCAGAGGAUGAUGAGACAAGGCAAUAGAGGGUGAGGAGGAUUAUGUUGGAUUCUUGCUUCUCUGUCUGCCUCUCCUUCCAGUUGGAAAAAUCUUCAGUCCAUAAGAAGCAUUAUCAACAAGCCUGAAGAACACAUCUUACCCUGAUCCUGGAUGCUGUUGGAGUUGAGAAUUACAUCCACUUCACCAGGACUUUAUGGAGGCUGUUCAAGAAAAAUAGAAGGAAGCAAUACUUAAGGAUUUCUCUGUUUGCAUUAGUCCUGUGCCAUGUUACAUUUUGGAGAUUGUUUGGAACAAGUGAGGGAGGGCUCUGUCAUCUUGAUCUAGGAGGAUACCUGAGUCCCUUGACUACACAGAUGAUAUUUGGAAGGUGGCUAAAUGUGAACAAUAAUGUCUUGGAAGAGAAAUUAUUUUUCAGGGGGUCGUGGUAGUGUACAAGGGAUGUUUGCACCUCGAAGCUCAACCUCCAUAGCCCCCAGCAAAGGCCUCAGCAAUGAGCCAGGGCAAAACAGCUGCUUCCUCAACAGUGCCCUGCAGGUUUUGUGGCACUUGGAUAUCUUCCGACGUAGCUUUAGGCAGCUUACAACUCACAAGUGCAUGGGAGAUUCCUGCAUCUUUUGCGCUCUCAAGGGAAUCUUUAACCAGUUUCAGUGUAGUAGUGAAAAAGUGCUUCCAUCUGACACUCUCCGCAGUGCUCUGGCAAAGACUUUCCAGGAUGAACAACGUUUCCAGCUGGGAAUUAUGGAUGAUGCUGCAGAGUGCUUUGAAAACCUCCUGAUGAGAAUUCACUUCCACAUUGCUGAUGAAACCAAAGAGGAUAUAUGUACUGCCCAACACUGCAUUUCCCAUCAGAAAUUUGCAAUGACAUUGUUUGAGCAGUGUGUAUGUACUAGCUGUGGUGCCACUUCUGAUCCGCUGCCUUUCAUCCAGAUGGUACAUUAUAUCUCCACCACUUCCCUUUGGCUCAGUACUGGCCAGCAAAGUGGGAGGAGGAGUGGGGAUUCUAUGAGCUUUGGAUCUGGGGACAGCAAUCAGGCUAUUUGUAUGCUGGAAAGACGAGAGAAACCUUCACCAAGCAUGUUUGGUGAGCUGCUGCAGAAUGCCAGCACCAUGGGGGAUCUGCGGAACUGUCCAAGCAACUGUGGAGAGAGGAUCAGGAUUCGCCGUGUGUUGAUGAAUGCUCCACAGAUUAUCACGAUUGGGCUGGUAUGGGACUCAGACCACUCAGACUUAGCAGAAGAUGUUAUCCACAGCCUGGGAACCUGCCUUAAGCUGGGUGAUCUGUUUUUCAGAGUGACGGAUGACCGGGCCAAGCAAUCUGAACUGUACUUAGUUGGAAUGAUCUGUUACUAUGGCAAACAUUAUUCUACAUUCUUUUUUCAAACAAAGAUUCGCAAAUGGAUGUAUUUUGAUGAUGCUCAUGUCAAGGAGAUUGGGCCCAAAUGGAAGGAUGUGGUGACCAAAUGCAUCAAGGGGCAUUAUCAGCCCCUGCUGCUGCUUUAUGCAGAUCCCCAGGGUACCCCAGUGUCCACCCAGGACCUGCCUCCCCAAGCUGAGUUCCAGUCAUACAGCAGGACAUGCUACGACAGUGAAGAUUCAGGGAGGGAGCCCUCCAUCUCAAGUGACACUCGAACAGAUUCCUCAACGGAGAGCUAUCCCUACAAACAUUCCCACCAUGAGUCUGUGGUCAGUCACUUCUCUUCUGAUUCUCAGGGGACAGUCAUCUAUAAUGUGGAAAAUGAUUCCAUGUCUCAGAGCAGUCGGGACACAGGACACCUGACUGAUAGUGAAUGUAAUCAGAAACACACAUCCAAGAAAGGGUCACUGAUAGAGCGCAAGAGGAGCUCUGGUCGGGUUAGGAGGAAAGGCGAUGAGCCCCAGGCCUCGGGAUACCACAGUGAAGGAGAAACACUGAAAGAGAAGCAGGCUCCUAGAAAUGCCUCCAAACCAUCCAGCAGCACCAACAGGCUGAGAGAUUUUAAAGAGACAGUCAGCAAUAUGAUCCAUAACAGACCAUCCCUGGCUUCUCAGACCAAUGUAGGCUCUCACUGCAGGGGCAGAGGAGGAGACCAGCCUGACAAAAAACCUCCUAGGACCCUGCCUUUACACUCUCGUGACUGGGAAAUAGAGAGUACCAGCAGUGAGUCAAAAUCGAGUUCUUCCAGCAAGUAUCGUCCCACAUGGAGACCCAAACGAGAAUCUCUGAAUAUUGACAGUAUCUUUAGUAAGGACAAAAGGAAGCACUGUGGCUAUACCCAGCUUAGCCCCUUUUCUGAGGAUUCAGCUAAAGAAUUUAUACCAGAUGAACCAAGCAAGCCACCUUCUUACGACAUUAAAUUUGGUGGACCAAGCCCCCAGUACAAGCGCUGGGGCCCAGCACGGCCAGGCUCUCACCUUUUAGAGCAGCACCCCCGACUAAUCCAGCGAAUGGAAUCUGGCUAUGAAAGCAGUGAGAGGAACAGCAGCAGCCCUGUCAGCCUGGAUGCAGCCCUGCCUGAGAGCUCAAAUGUCUACAGGGAUCCAAGUGCUAAGAGAUCAGCUGGGUUGGUUCCUUCCUGGCGUCAUAUCCCAAAGUCGCACAGCAGUAGCAUCCUGGAGGUAGACUCCACAGCAUCCAUGGGUGGCUGGACAAAGAGUCAGCCUUUCUCAGGUGAGGAGAUAUCUUCUAAAAGUGAACUGGAUGAAUUGCAGGAAGAGGUGGCCAGGAGGGCGCAGGAACAGGAACUUCGAAGAAAACGGGAGAAGGAGUUAGAGGCAGCGAAAGGGUUUAACCCUCAUCCUAGCCGCUUCAUGGACUUGGAUGAACUGCAGAAUCAGGGGAGGAGUGACGGCUUUGAGAGGUCCCUGCAAGAGGCAGAGUCAGUGUUUGAAGAGUCACUGCAUCUGGAACAGAAAGGAGACUGUGCUGCAGCUUUGGCUCUCUGUAAUGAAGCUAUCUCUAAACUAAGACUUGCCCUGCAUGGUGCCAGCUGUAGCACGCACAGCAGAGCCCUAGUCGAUAAGAAGUUGCAAAUCAGUAUUCGAAAAGCACGGAGCCUGCAGGAUCGCAUGCAGCAGCAGCAAUCACCACAGCAGCCGUCGCAGCCCUCAGCCUGCCUCCCAACACAGGCGGGGACUCUCUCUCAGCCAACAAGUGAACAGCCUAUCCCGCUCCAAGUAUUGUUAAGCCAAGAGGCCCAACUGGAAUCCGGCAUGGAUACAGAGUUUGGGGCCAGUUCUUUCUUCCAUUCACCUGCUUCCUGCCAUGAGUCACACUCAUCACUAUCUCCAGAGUCAUCUGCCCCACAGCACAGCUCCCCCAGUAGAUCUGCCUUGAAGCUUCUGACUUCGGUUGAAGUAGACAACAUUGAACCCUCUGCAUUCCACAGGCAAGGUUUACCUAAAGCACCAGGGUGGACUGAGAAGAAUUCUCAUCAUAGUUGGGAGCCAUCGGAUGCCCCAGAGGGUAAGCUGCAAGGCUCUAGGUGUGACAACAGCAGUUGCAGCAAGCUCCCUCCACAAGAAGGAAGAGGCAUUGCUCAAGAACAGCUGUUCCAAGAAAAGAAGGAUCCUGCUAACCCCUCCCCGGUGAUGCCUGGAAUAGCCACCUCUGAGAGGGGUGAUGAACACAGCCUAGGCUGUAGUCCUUCAAAUUCAUCAGCUCAGCCCAGCCUUCCCCUGUAUAGAACCUGCCACCCCAUAAUGCCUGUUGCUUCUUCAUUUGUGCUUCACUGUCCUGAUCCUGUGCAGAAAACUAACCAAUGCCUCCAAGGCCAAAGCCUCAAAACUUCAUUGACUUUAAAAGUGGACAGAGGCAGUGAGGAGACCUAUAGGCCAGAGUUUCCCAGCACAAAGGGGAUUGUCCGUUCUCUGGCUGAGCAGUUCCAGAGGAUGCAGGGUGUCUCCAUGAGGGAUAGUACAGGUUUCAAGGAUAGAAGUUUGUCAGGUAGUCUAAGGAAGAACUCUUCCCCUUCUGAUUCUAAGCCUCCUUUCUCACAGGGUCAAGAGAAAGGCCACUGGCCAUGGGCAAAGCAACAAUCCUCUCUGGAGGGUGGGGAUAGACCACUUUCCUGGGAAGAGUCCACUGAACAUUCUUCUUUUGCCUUAAACUCUGGGCUGCCUAAUGGUGAAAUUUCUAGCGGAGGACAGCCCAGGUUGGCAGAGCCAGACAUAUACCAAGAGAAGCUGUCCCAAGUGAGAGAUGUUAGGUCUAAGGAUCUGGGCAGCAGUACUGACUUGGGGACUUCCUUGCCUUUGGAUUCCUGGGUGAAUAUUACAAGGUUCUGUGAUUCUCAGCUUAAACAUGGGGCACCUAGGCCAGGAAUGAAGUCCUCCCCUCAUGAUUCCCAUACGUGUGUAACCUAUCCAGAGAGAAAUCACAUCCUUUUGCAUCCACAUUGGAACCAAGACACAGAGCAGGAGACCUCAGAAUUGGAGUCUCUGUAUCAGGCCAGUCUUCAGGCUUCUCAAGCUGGCUGUUCUGGAUGGGGGCAGCAGGAUACCGCCUGGCACCCACUUAGCCAAACAGGCUCUGCAGAUGGCAUGGGGAGGAGGUUGCACUCAGCCCAUGAUCCUGGUCUCUCAAAGACUUCAGCAGCAGAAAUGGAGCAUGGUCUCCAUGAAGCCAGAACAGUGCGUACUUCUCAGGCUACACCUUGCCGAGGCCUCAGCAGGGAGUGUGGGGAGGAUGAGCAGUACAGUGCAGAGAAUUUACGUCGCAUCUCACGCAGUCUCAGUGGCACCGUUGUCUCAGAGAGGGAGGAAGCUCCGGUUUCUUCCCACAGUUUUGAUUCAUCAAACGUGAGGAAGCCUUUGGAAACCGGGCACCGUUGUUCCAGCUCCUCUUCCCUCCCUGUCAUCCAUGACCCUUCUGUGUUUCUCCUCGGUCCCCAACUCUACCUUCCCCAACCACAGUUCCUGUCCCCAGAUGUCCUGAUGCCCACCGUGGCAGGGGAGCCCAAUAGACUCCCAGGAACUUCAAGGAGUGUCCAGCAGUUUCUGGCUAUGUGUGACAGGGGUGAAACUUCCCAAGGGGCCAAGUACACAGGAAGGACUUUGAACUACCAGAGCCUCCCCCAUCGCUCCAGAACAGACAACUCCUGGGCACCCUGGUCAGAGACCAACCAGCAUAUUGGGACCAGAUUCCUGACUACUCCAGGGUGCAAUCCUCAGCUAACCUACACUGCCACACUACCAGAAAGAAGCAAGGGCCUUCAGGUUCCUCACACUCAGUCCUGGAGUGAUCUUUUCCAUUUACCCUCCCACCCUCCCAUUGUUCAUCCUGUGUACCCACCAUCUAGCAGUCUUCAUGUACCCCUGAGGUCAGCUUGGAAUUCAGAUCCUUUUCCAGGGUCCCGAACCCCUGGUCCUCGAAGAGUAGAUAUGCCCCCAGAUGAUGACUGGAGGCAAAGCAGUUAUGCCUCCCACUCUGGACACAGGAGAACAGUGGGAGAGGGGUUUCUGUUUGUUCUAUCAGAUGCUCCCAGAAGAGAGCAGAUCAGGGCUAGAGUCCUGCAGCACAGUCAAUGGUAAAGGUUAUUCCUUUCCUUUCCUGGAGCUACACCUUUCUUUGUAAAACUGUACUGUGGGCCGGGCGCGGUGGCUCACACCUGUAAUCCCAGCACUUUGGGAGGCUGAGGCGGGUGGAUCACGAGGUCAGGAGAUUGAGACCAUCCCGGCCAACAUGGUGAAACCCCGUCUCUACCAAAAUACAAAAAAUUAGCCAGGCGUGACGGUGCGUGCCUGUAGUCCCAACUACUCGGAAGGCUGAGGCAGGAGAAUUGCUUGAACCCAGGAGGCGGAGGUUGCAGUGAGCCGAGAUCGCACCACUGCACUCCAGCUUGGCAAUAGAGUGAGACUCCAUCUCAAAAAACAAAACAAAACAACAACAAAAAAAACUGUGGCAGCGUUGGUACCCUGCAUCACUGCCAUGGUUGUGCUAUUCUCAUCUCAACAUAGAAUUGGUGGGUUCUCCUAAGGGUGUCAGGAACCUCUAAAAAGAUGUGAUUCUUUGGGAGGGGAUAUUUGAAAUUCCAACUUCCAUUCCCCCUAGCAAAAGGAAGCAGCUGCUGUUUAAGGGUUUUAUCUGAGCCACUUUAAAGAUGAAUCCAUGGUAUUACUCUGGAUACUAGCCAUUCCUUAGGAUUUUAAGGUCACAUUUUAUUCCUGGAUGCUUUAUGUCCCCACCUCCACCUGAGCCCUCAUCCUCUGUUCCCUACUAUACUCCCAACUUCUACUCUUUGUUUUAUCCACCUAUCCCUAUUACCUGACCCUUUGUCUUCCCUGUCUCCCAUCCUUGGGGGGACAUGUAGCCCUGUGGUCAUGGUUCUGAUGACAUCAUCAGGGCAGCCCCCCUGCCCAGGUAUUAUGGACUGUCAGCAUUCCCUGUGCCCUCCAAACCUUAGGCCUAGAACGCGGAGCUGCCAACAUAACAUUCACCCUUUUGAACAGAUGGAGUCAGGCACACUAACACAGCCUUCUGUCCUCAAUAACACAGCCAUUAUUGCCACUUGCUCAGUCGUCAUUGUAAACCCUCAGAGUCAGUUGAACUAUUUUAGGCCAAACAUACUGUUUUUGUAAAGUAUUUUUCAUUAAUAAAUCUAUAAGACAGUUCUAUUUAA